GCGUGUUUCCGGCGGACCUUUUCUGGUGUGACACCAGAUCAUGACGGCAGUAGAGAGAAUAACACCGAGCCGCGAAAAUUGUGUUUACACCAGCUGUUACUGUGAAGAAAAUGUGUGGAAGCUGUGUGAGUUUGUUAAAGCUGAGAGGACUGCUCCACUGGAACAGCUCUUUGUGGUUUUUGUCUCCAAUGACAAACGGAUGAUUCCUCUAUGGAAACAGAAAUCCGGACAUGGCAACGAGCCUGUGCUCUGGGACUACCAUGUGAUCCUGCUUCAGGUGCGUCCUCAGUCGGAGUCCCUGGUUUACGAUCUGGACUCUGAACUGUCGUUUCCCUGCAGCCUGAGGCUUUACGGAGCCAUGGCCUUCCGCUCGGACCGCCACAUCAGACCGGAGUACCACAGGAAGCUGCGUGUAAUUCCUGCCGAAAGCUUCAUGUUGAAGUUUGCGUCUGAUCGAUCUCACAUGAAGAACCCCGAUGGAACCUGGAAGAUGCCUCCUCCUCCAUACCCGGCCUUACAGACUGCAGAGUGUCAGAUGAACCUGGACGAUUUCAUCAGUAUGAACCCUGCUGUUGGCUGGGGUACCGUCUACAGUCUGGAUCAGUUCCUGCACACAUACACCGGAAAUCCCUCCACAACAUUAAUUUGCUCGUCUUUAUCCUGAUCUUCAACAAAAGCUGUGGUUUUAGGAUGUUGUUGCUGGUUUAGAUGGUUAAUGGUUAAGAGAGGGUUUUGUUGCAGUUUCCUCAUCUGAUCUUCUGCAGAGACCGUCCAUUCAACAGUGUCACAUCUUUGAGCUGUGGAUCUUAAAGAUUAUACCUCAUUUACUGGGCAAUAAAAACAUUUUUUUUGUCA